CGAACCGGACAAAAUUGUCUUUUAGAAAAAAAUAUGUGUCAAACUACGAAAGUUUGCUUAAAUGCAAAAAUAUAUCCACUCAACUCUUGAUAAGUAUCUGCUAAACUUAAUUAAUUGGUUCUGAUCUCAAUAUAUAUCGGACAAACUUGAAAAAUAUAUGCUAAACUUAAAAUUUUUGUGUUCAACUUAAAAUAUACAUGUUAAUAUUUUCAUAAAUAUUGGCUAAAGUUGGUAUCGCCAUGGCAAACUAAACUCAACCACGAAAAUAAUUGUGAAAUUUUAUAAAAUUUGCCAAACUCCAAAAAUACAUGCCUUUCGAAAAAUAUAUGUUCUAAUUAAGAUGCUUUGCGGGCUUGUUUACAUCAUGUGAAAUUAGUGAAAAUGCAACGGCCGCCAUUUGUAGCGGAUUCUGCGAUUGUCGAAGAUGCUAAACCAGAAUGAACUACAAUUUCACUUGAGUAACGCGUUGCAAAGAAUAAGUGAACUGGAAAACGCUAAUAUUUCUCCUAAUAACCAGACCUGUUCGACGAACAAUUCCAGAGGAAACAGUAGGUUAACCUUAACGGAAGAACUGCGAAGGAGUUUUCCCAGCUUAGCAAAUUUGCAGUCAAACAGCGCUGAAAUUCCAGUAAUUCCCUCUAUCAAUUCAACCAUAAGGUCAACACAAAUGCCGUUGACUCGGGCUUCGGCGACUCCUUUUGGUGUCAACAAGAAAAAGCGAAAGCGUACGUCAAGCUCUAAAGUAGAAAUCAAGCCGAAAGCAGUUCACAAAGACUUGGUGUUGGUUCCGGACCCAAUUCAAACUUCAGUUCCUACUCAUUCUUCUCGGGUUACUUUAGAAAGUGAUGGUUUCGUUAUUCACAGCUUUCCUUUUGUAAGAGAAUGGGAUAAUGUUACUUUGAAAAGAGAAAUAGAAAAAGUCUUUCCCCAGAUCCAAUGUUGUGGUUAUGAAUACGUCAAGGCCUCCUAUGGAAAACUCGUUUUGCCAAAUUUAGCUCCUGGUGUCAUGAUGAACUGCAACAUGCUUCUGAAGUUGUCAGGCCAAGGUGCUGUAUACAUACGCUCAAUAGAAAAACUUGCUGGUUGUGACAGUCAUGAUCAAUUUGAUGAUGAAGAGUUUAUAAUUAAGCAAGAAGUCCAAGAACCAGAACUCAUAGAAAUUGAAGAUAUUAAAGGAACAGAUUCAAUCCCUGUUCCUGCUACCUUACCUGAUAUUUUUGAUGAACCAGUUGAUGAACAUGUGAAUGUAGAGGACGUUUCAGAGUUGAUAUCAAUGCCUGCUGUACUUGAUGAACAGGUUAAUGACCCUGUAAAUGUGGAACAAGUUAAUGAUGUUUCUGAAAUAAUAUUGCCAGAACUGCCAGACCUUGAUGACUUGCCCAAUAGUUUUCUUGAACCAAUCUGUGCAAAUGUGCACCCUUUGACACCUGGGCAGAUGGAAAAUUAUUCAGUGAGAGCUGUAACAGUGCACAGGACCACCAUCAAAAAGGACAUGAUUAUCCUUUUUCAAGAUCCAGACAUCCUAAGUAAUCUUUUAAUGUUUACUGUUGUAGGUUUUAAUGGCUUGCCUGAAAAGGGUGAAGGGGUAGGUGUAGCCAGGGAUGUUCUUACAAGCUUUUGGCAGCAAUUUUUUGAUUCCUUGGCUGUAGGUGUGCAGGAGAAAGUACCUGCAAUUAGGCAUGAUCAUCAAAAAAUGGAAUGGGUGGCAAUUGUUAGGAUUCUUAUUUAUGGCUACAUCAGGGAAAAAUAUUUCCCAAUUUCAUUUUCCUCAGUAUUUAUUGCUACUUGCCUUUUUGAGGAAGAAAGUUUAACUCAUCAAGACUUGAUACAAUCAUUCAGAAUGUACAUCUCUGAUGAUGAGCGCGAGACCUUUGAUAAGUGUAGGGAUGAGGAGUUAUCUCCUAAUGAUGAUGAAGUAUUAGAACUAUUGAGUUCAUACAAGUGUUUUCGCAUACCAAGUAGAGAAAACAUAAUGUCAUUAUUUUCUGAGCUUGCACACCAAGAACUUGUGCAAAAGCCAAAAUACGUUGUCCACUGUUGGACCCCUUAUAUUCAUGCAUUAAAGUCGUUUCCUCCUUUCCAAUCUAUUGAAGGAGUUAGGAAAAUGUAUGAUGAAAAGCGUCCGACAACCCGUAAGGUAAUAAAACUAUUCAAGUGUGAGCCAUCUAAGGAUGCUGAAAACCAAUGUUUCGAUUUUUUAAAGCAGUACGUAAAGUCUCUACAGGGUCAGUCUUUAACACGAUUUCUUCAAUUUACGACUGGUAGUGAUAUUAUUGUAACUAAACAGAUUAAGGUUGCAUUUGUGGUUGUCCAAGGUUUUGCUAGGCGGCCAGUCGCACAUACUUGUGCACCAUUGCUGGAGCUCCCAAGUACAUACCAAUGUUAUAAUGACCUAGCUGAGGAGUUUAGUAAUAUCUUAGCUGAUAAAUUGUCAUGGUCAUUCCAUAUUGUUUAAACCAGCUUUAGGUGUAAGACGUUAAGUCAAGGUUUUGUU